CUCCUCCUCUAGCCAUGGCGGUGGAUCCUUGGGAUAGAAGCAGAGUAGACUGGGGUUACAUCUUUGAUCCUAAGCAAGCCGACCCGCUCGAGCGCCUGAAGACUUUCCUGGAAACGGGUGGCGACCUGCAUGCAAUCUCUGCAAAAUCAGAAGAAGGCAAUGUAUUUCAGCUGCCAUGUCUCCCCGCCGCAACGAAAAUGAGGAAUGCGGCCGCAGUGUCAUUGCUCUUGGCUCACCGCAUAGAUGUGAAUCAAAAACUAUGUCGACUUCAUUACUUUACGACAUUCGAGACCGCGAUCAUGGUUGCCGCGGAACAAGCAGACUGCGAGAUUGCGGAGAUUCUCCUGAGCCAACAGAACGUGGAUUUGGACGGCUAUCAUUAUUUCAGCUCGAGUGGAGUCAUGCUCAAGGCUGCCGUAAGUGGCAGACGACGGAUCACGGAAAUGUUGUUUGACGCGGGUACUCCACUCCUUCCGACAGGAAGAGAAAAAGAAAGAACGCCAUUUCAGGUUGCGUGUAAACUUCACUUCCCCGAUCCAUUCUGGUUCUAUGUCAUGCAUGGUCUAGCUCGGUUUAGAGAGAAUCGGGAGGAACCACCAAAGCCCGAAAGCCCUCCAGUUUGGGUCCUUGACUCAUUGUCUAAAAUCCAGCCCGGAAACGAAGUCAUAGCGAGGCUGGAAGCGUCCUUGCUAGAGCUUGUCUUUCCAGGAACACAGCAAAAACCUCUUCAUGUCAAAGAACUUUGUCAGAGAUGUGAAGUUCUUCCCUCAGAAAUACUUAGGGCACGCGAAGAGAGACUCGCGAAAUGGAAAGGCGAUGCCCUUUCAUUCAACUAUGGCUUCAUCAAACGAUGCGAGAUAUGCAGAGUAGAACUUAUGGAUCACCGUCUUCUCCCUGAAGAAUUCAAAAGAGCAAGAGUAAUUGACCCAGACUCGGAACGUUACGAAGCGCAUCUGUACAACAAUGAAGACGAUCUUACAUGCCUGCGAAAGGUAGUCAAGGAUGAGGCGCUGAACACUACGGGCUCCCAUGGAGUGUACUCUUUCGCAUUUUAUUGGCUCCUUCGAUGCUUAAAGAGCCAUCCUGAGUGCACAGAGAACGACAGAAUUCCCCAAUUACCUAAACGCGUAAUCGAUGUUGGGUCCGAGGACAGCAAGGAUCCUAUACAUAUACACGAAACAAUCCCUGAACAAAAGGGAUAUUACCUGGCCUUGAGCUACCGCUGGGGUAGGGAUCCAGUCAAGUUGCUGGAAGAAAACCUGGAGUCUUAUAAAACUGCCCUUCCUGUUCAGGAUCUGUCCCAAGUCAUCCAAAAUGCCAUUGAAGUUACUCGGAAACUUGGGAUCAAGUACCUUUGGGUUGAUGCACUAUGUAUUAUGCAGGACUCAAAGGCUGAGUGGGAAUCAGAGAUACAGUCGAUGGAUCGAGUUUUUCGUCAAGCCCUUCUCACCAUCGCUGCGAACGUUGAGCCGAGUGGCGGACGUACCGGAAUGUUCAGAUCUCGAGAAAGCCAUAACAGCUCUGGGAACGUGGGUCUCCGUGGCCCCGGCGUUCUGGAAACACGCGGAUGGACACUUCAGGAGCAAGUUCUAUCUAGACGAAUGCUCAUAUUUACAGAAGACGAAGUUUACUGGACGUGUGUUGGUAUCGAUGCCUCUAUUUCAGAGCCGGCGGGUAUCAAAGCCCGUGACAUGGGACCUACGCGCGAAGGUCAAGUGCGGAUGCUUCAACGGUAUCUCAGAGGCUUCGGUCGGGACGAUCGAUUCUUCCUGAGGAACACCUACGUGGUCUGGCUUACACUCGUCACCGAAUAUUCACGCCGUGAUCUGACGAAUGGUUCGGAUCGACUAGCCGCACUGGCCGGGAUCCAGUCAGCCAUCGGGACGAUGCUAGGAGACGAGUGCGUUGCGGGCAUUUGGCGCAGUCAGUUGGGAGCCCAUAUGCUUUGGUGGAUUGGCGAUGAAACGGAGCCGGUAUCAUACCUGCACAACAAACGAUACUACCCUUUCCAUCGCGAUAUAGAGCCAACAUUCAGGCCGGCUGCGGAGUUUGAAGCGCCAAGCUGGUCAUGGGCCUGCAUGAGCGGCCCCAUAUGGUAUUGCAGGCUCCAGGAUCGACUAAAAACUCCACCAGCGUCGAGCGAUGACUUGGAAAUCAUCGUGGACGUUCACUCCGUCUCUGUACAAAUCAAGGGGCCGUCGAAGAUUGAAGGCUCCGUGACAUUGACAGGCUCAUUACUCAAAGCCACAGCAACAAUCAAUGAUCAGGACGGACGGCCAUACCUGCACGCUGAGGCUUACUGCGCGCCAUGUUCCAGUCAUGGAACGCCUACGCAGCACGGGUUUGUAGUCAGACCCUGGAUGCCAGACACAAAACCUCCAGCUGAAGGUGAUAUAUUCUGCUUGCAUUUAAAGAACGCUUUCCAGCAGUGGUCCGUCUGCCUCGUUCCUACCGGCAAUAACCCGAAGGUCUACCGACGCGUUGGUGCCGUCAUGUGGCGAGAUGGUCAUGACUCGGAUCAUAUAUUUCCUGCUGCUCGACACCCUACCGCUCGACACCAAAAUUUCGUCGACAUUGUGGCAGUCGAACGUGGACGUGACUCGGGAUCCUGGCGAUUCAAGAAAGAUGGUCCGCGAUUGUACCCACAAUCAUGGGCUGAAACUCUAACGAUAGUCUAACAGAAUCAAAUCCACUCGUUGACUUCUCAACUGUUUGUUCGACAAUCCCUAUUUCCCAAUACACCCAC